AUGGCUGAAUCUCUGGUCAGCAACAUUGAAAUAAUCAAUGAAAAUGAAGGUAGCGAAAAUAGUAGUACAUACAACGAAUAUUGGAUUUGGUUUAAUGUAAAAGGCCUUCAAGCCACUGCAAGUGCCCUGAUUGCACAAAUUAUCGAUGAUCAUAAUGAAGAAAAUGAAAUAGAUAAAACGGCUGUUUCCUGGUCUUUUUUUAAUGCACAAGAACAAGCGCAUAGAAAUCUAAGCAAAGAAAAUGGAAACUUCAUUUGGUUUCAAUUAUUCAUCGAACCCUUAUUGAGAAUGAGAAGUGUGGACAUUGAAACAUCCCUCGAUGAAUAUGUUUCAAUGUGCAAACUCCAGUACAAGGGGAACCUUAGACAAUUGAAAACUAUCGAAGAAUUUCAACAGACAUAUGACGCUGAGCAUUGCCUUUGGUGGUAUUCGAAAGAGGUAUUUCUCUACAGUAUUCUAAAUAGAGCACUGCGAGCGGGUGAUAUUGAUACUCUCUACACUUUUCGUUUCAUUAUUCGUGAUCUAUACCAAACACUUCAAGAAAACAAGCAGUUCAAUCAACCAAUUUUAGAGCUUUAUCGUGGACAAGCACUAUCCGUAGAUGAAUUAUCUCGAAUAGAAGCAAGCAUUGGCCAAUAUAUAUCGAUGAAUAGUUUCUUCUCAACUAGUAUAAAAAGGCCCGUAGCAUUGUUAUUCGCACAAUCCACAGACACAAUCAGCAGUAAUUUAAAACCAGUUUUAUUUCAUACAAGAGUCAAUACCCAGCCACCGGACACAAAGCCGUUCGGUGACGUGCAAAAAUUUAGUCACUUUGGAGAAGUCGAAAGUGAAAUAUUGUUCCUGCUCGGUUCAGUAUUCAGAACUCAAGGAAUUCGAUUUCAAAAUGAUGAACCAGUUCACAUAGUUGAUCUUGAACUAUGUGGUGAACAAGAAAUCGAAUUAAAAGAUCUUUAUAUUCGAAUGAGGACAGGGAUUGGUGAGGAAACCAACAUUAAAAUUCUUGGAAAUGUUCUGAAAGAUAUGGGAUUACACAAUAAAGCAUUGAAAUAUUAUCAAAACCUUUUGAAACAAUUAAAACAAAAUGAUUCCUCCAUUCAAAGUUGCUGUUAUGGUAUUGGUCAAGUCAAGCAGCUUCAAGGUGAUUACGAUGGAUCAUUGUCCUACUUUCAGAUGGUAUUAGGUCUCGAAUCAAAGUUUCCUUCCAAAGACAAAAUUGUGCCUGGCUUCACACAUAAUUAUAUUGGUAUUGCUUAUCAUUACGGGAAAAACUUCGACUAUUCACGAGCAUUGGAACACUAUCGACAGGCAUUUGAUAUUCAUCCGAAAGUCAAAGAUCGUGAAUUCAUAGGAACUGCUUAUGUAUAUCAAAACCUAGCUACACCAUAUCGGGCCUUAGAAGAUUACGAUAAAUCACUUCAGUAUCACCAUGAAUGUUUGAACGUAAAGAAAGAACUGUUCGGUACAGAACAAGACUGGAGCAUAGCUGCCAGUUACAACAAUAUUGGUAGAGUUUAUCAUUAUAAAACGGAUUUCAGACUAGCGUUAGAAUAUUAUAAGAAAGCAUCAGAAAUUCGUCUUAAAACUCUACCUGAGAAUCAUCAUGAUAUAGCAGCAUCCUUUUAUAAUAUCGCCAAAGUACAAAAAUCAUUGAAAGAUUAUCGCUCAGCAAUGGAAUUUUCUCAGAGAUCGUUGGAUUUAUACACGAAAGCAUUUGGUGAAAGCUAUCCAUUAGUCAUUGAUUUGAAAGAAAAAUAA